AGACCUUCUACUGUGGCCGCAGACAAUGAGCGAUGCUUUCACUUCAUGGGGAAAUACGACAACUGAAGGCGUGACGACGGUGCCUGGCGAAGUGAGCCCCCAGGACGGUUAUGUGUUACUCCUGGUGCUUCUUUCUAUCUUCAUUGGGGGCACCUUGGUGCUUCUCUUUGGCAUCCUGAUCAUCUGCCGGCGCUGCUGUGAGACGGACCGAAGGCACUCCAGAGCCAGCGAUGACCCAGAAAAAACAAACACAACCUAUCUGGAUGACUCACAGCCAGCGCAAGACAUCACCAUCAAAGUGGAUGAUCCUGAAUGCGCGUCCAGCUCCAGCUAUCGAGAUGCGGAGAGCGAGCGGUUCCUGUCUUCCAGCAGUGCCACGGGGCGGCGGGUGUCCUUCAACGAAGCCGCUCUCUUUGAGCAGAGCAAGAAAACGCAGGAGAAGGGAAGGAGGUACACCCUGACAGAGGGUGACUUCCACCACUUGAAGAAUGCCCGCCUCAGCCAUCUGCCCCUGCCACCCUCAGCUGCCCUCAAAAUUGUCACCAUCCAUGAAUGCGAAUCCAACGAGAACAGCAUUAUGAUGACUCCCCGCCUGCCACCCAUCAAGCCUAGCCUUGCCAUCUUCCAACCAACUGGAACCCCCCUACCCAAGACGGCACUGACCAGCCACGGAGGUCUGUGUUCGAGUUCAGCGCUACCAGGGGACACUUUUAACUCCAGCGUCGAAGCCGCAUCCUCUGUUUCCUCCGACUCAGGAGAGGGAAUUCCUGGCAGUGCAGCGAGGGCCACCUCAGCCAGUGUGAGCGUCGGGGAACCCACCUCAGCACCUGCCCAGGGCACCGUCCUUCAUUUCCUCACCCGCCUGCGCCGUCACGCCAGCCUGGAAGGAGCGAGUCCCUAUUUCAGAAUCAAGAAGUGGAAACUGGAGACCAGCCAGCGGGCGUCCAGUCUGGACACAAGAGGGUCUCCCAAGCGUCACCAGUUCCAGCGACAACGGGCCGCAAGCGAAAGCAUGGACCAGGAUCGGGAUCCUCACCAGACGGACAUCAUCCAGUACAUUGCCCGGACAGACGACAUGGUUUUCCGGCCCGUGGCUGGACCGUUCCUGCCUGCGCCGGCCAGUCCAACAUUAUCUCUCGGCAGGUUAGAGUCUUCCGAAGCACCCAGCCCCACCCCACCUGAGCCUCUCCCAUCGGAACCACAACCCACCCCCCUUUAUCACGACAUCUGGAGCCUCAGGGCGUCACUAGAAAAGUGCGCUUCGUCAGAGCAGGGCAAUGACCGGGACUCGGUGCCUAGUGAUGGCGGGGAGAGCGUCUCCUCGAGUGGGGGGCUGCCCAGUUUCUCCUCUUCCCUGGCCGACGAGGCUGAAGGAGGAGAUGAGAAGCCCUGGGGGAAACCUAAGCAGGACAGCGUGGAGUUGGAAGCCGGGACACGUAAGCUCUUGCAGAUGGAUAGCGGCUACGCCUCCAUCGAGGCCCCCAGUGGACGGGCAGGAGAGGACCAGACGGCCUCGGAGAAACGCUUCUGCUUCACCAGCGCGGGACGCAAGGCCACCAUCUUUGAGAGCUUUGAGGGCCAGGAACCAGAAGAGGAAGAGGAGGAGGAGGAGGAGGAGGAGGAGGAGGAGGAGGAGGAGGAGGAAGCAGCGGGGGCCGUGGGUGGACUUCCCCCCUCCAGUCCACUGCUCUGGGCCCCAUAUGGGCAGAUGUUCCCUGCCCGGGAAUCCUUCCCUCGCCGGGACUACAGCAUUGAUGAAAAAACAGACGCGCUCUUCAACGCCUUUGUCCGCCACGACCCCCAAUUCGACGAAUCGCCCCUGCGGGCAAAGCACCGGUCCCGGACCCAUUUGCGGAAGCAGUGGCAGCGCACCAGGCAGUACAGCGACCCCGGGGUGCACUACCCCCUGGCCCUGGAGAGGCACCGGACCCCUCUGCGCCGGGGCGACAGCGUCAACUACCCCUUGGAAGGGCGCUACCACAGCACCCUGCCCCGCAUUGUCAGCGCUGGGGACGAGGAGGUGGCUGUGCCCGCCGCAGAAACUGGGGACAAGAUCCAGGUGAUUGAGGAAGAGCCGCCGGAGGAGGCCAGAAUGGGGCCUGACCCAUAUGGCAGUGGCUGCCUUGAAGGGGGUCAGUGCCCAGGGCUGGGUGACCUGGGCACGGGACUCAUGGACAAGAUCGCUGGAGGGCUGGGGGACAUGUUUUUCACACCCUUGAAAAAAACAAGAGAGAGUCUUGAGUGUGUGAUGGUGGUGGCCCGUGCUUCCCCGGAUCACAGCCCCGAAUAG